UCACUUUUCAUUUAAAUCCCUGACUAUAAAAUGGGCUUAAAGAGACGCGGGAUCUCAGCUGAGCUGCACAGAGCCCGGCAGGCAGGCGUGUGUCGAAGGGGGCGGGAGCCCAGCCGCCGUCAAGAUGCUCCACUCCCUCGGCGUUCACACCUUGCAGCUGCUCACCCAGGUCGCUGCCUGCAUCCUCCUGUUCCCCCGCUUCCUGCUCACCGCGCUGAUGCUCUGGCUCCUGGAUUUUCUCUGCAUCCGGAAGAAGGUGCUGCUGGUGGGCAGCAGGGCGGAGGAGGAAGCCAGUCCUGGCCAAGAGCCACCCCCGGACGACCCCCCGGUCUGCGUGUCCGACUCCAACCGCAUGUUCACCCUGGAGUCCCUGAAAGCCGUGUGGCACGGGCAGAAGCUAGACUUCUUCAAGUCAGCCCACGUGGGCUCCUCCGCCCCCAACCCCGAAGUCAUCCAGCUGGACGGGCAGAAGCGGCUCAGGAUCCUGGACUACGCCCGAGGCAAGAGACCCCUGAUCCUGAACUUUGGGAGCUGCACCUGACCCCCCUUCAUGGCUCGCCUGAGGUCCUUCCAGCGCCUGGCUGCGCACUUCGUGGACAUCGCUGACUUCCUGCUGGUCUACAUCGAAGAGGCUCACCCCUCCGACGGCUGGGUCAGCUCGGACGCAGCCUACCAGAUCCCCAAGCACCAGUGCCUCCAGGACAGGCUGACGGCGGCUCAGCUGAUGCAGGAAGGGGCGCCUGGCUGCCCCCUGGCAGUGGACACCAUGGACAAUGCUUCCAGCGCCGCCUAUGGUGCCUUCUUUGAAAGGCUCUACAUCAUCCAGGAGGAGGUGGUGAUGUACCAGGGAGGCAGAGGACCAGAGGGCUACAAGAUCUCCGAACUGCGGAGCUGGCUCAACCAGUACAAAAACCGGCUCCAGAGCCCCAGCACGGUGGUCAUCCACGUGUAAAGGAAACGGAGCCUGUGCUGGGGUGAGGAGGGGGGUGUCCUACACGGGGGGUGGUAGGAGCUGUUCUCCGCUCCCUCGGGACUGCAGGCUGCUGUGUGAGUUUCAUGCAAGUGCCAUUGUUGCCCCUUCUCUGAUCGAAUCAUGUUGAUUUGCCAGCCCAGCUCCGUUCAUGCUUCAUGUCCUUGUGCAUCUUGUAAAUACCCCUUUUUUUGUAAAAACAAAGCGUUCCCUAUUUUUAUGGAGGUUUUUCUAGGGGUCUGGGUCGUGUGUGUGUGUGCGCGCGCUUGUGUGUACGAGUGGUCUCUGCUGAGUGCCCGGAAAACACUAGUUGGAAUUUCUAGUAUCGCUUGGUGACGACCGAUUUUGAAAUGGUUUUCAAAAUACCAGGGAAUCGAGUCCGAUGUUGUUAGAUACUAGAAGUGCCACUAGCCGGGGCAAAACGGAAUGUCCUAUUUAUGGGAUCUCUCUCCUCUUUUUGUAAAAUGUGCGUUCAUUUUUUAUGAACUUUUUAUAGUA